UUUCGAACAAAAAAAGUUUAGGUACAAAAAAAUCUUUUUUCAAUUCUAAAAGUGAUCCCAAAUCUUCUGCAGAAGUGUGAGCACUAAAUUAUUAACCUUUCCAUCCAAACGAGGCGAGGGGGAAGUAAAAUGAAGACGCGUUAAUUGAAAUUGAACGAAUAAAGUGACUCAAAAAAUUCUCCGUGUUUACCUAUCAAUCAAUCCCGCACGGGCACCGGUAAAUUUCAAGUGUUGUUUCUGUUCGGCCGAAGAACGGGGAGGAAAAAAAACAACAAACGCGGCUUCUAUUAUUUGGAGGUGCCUCCCGGUCUGUCCGUCUAUGGAGAUUAUCGAACCAAAACUCGGUAAUUGAACGAAAUUUGUGUUUGAAUCGGCAAAAAAAUCCUUCAAGUCUUGGAAGACUUCACCACCUACCAACUUAUUAGGAACCCCGCGUAGAAGAGCUUCUCAUUCAUUGUGACUAGUCAUACUGAAAUGCUUACGGUGACUGGCAGAAGGUUCUUGUUGGCACAAAUUCAAAGUUUAAUUCAGCGUGACUUCCGCGUUCAGCAAAUAGUGGUGCUAAAAGGUGUCCGCGCGUACUCUGCCGAGGAUGAUAGUAGCGGUAACAACAACAACAAACCAUCCGAUAACAGCAGUCUGGUGAAGCUGGACUAUCAUUUCUUGAUGCAGCAGCUGCGAUUCUUGGACAGCACCAAUCUGGAACCGAUGGUCACCAUCAAUGUGUGGCAACGGUUGCUCGGGGUCGAUACGCCGCCGAAUAAGGUGCUGGAGGUCAAAAAUGAUCAGUACGUGAAGCUGCCGGUCCUACUGCGGGACGAUGCCAUGCGACUGUAUGGUCCCGUCCAGAAUGGGUCCGGGGACAAGAAACAGGUCUGGGAGAUCGUGCUGGAACGACCUCACUCGGAAACGAUCAAUAGCUCGUAUAGUCUCUAUCGAGCUUCCUCCCUGGCUGAAGCGGAAGAAAAAUUCGAGGCCUUUUAUCAACGUCUUUCCGAAUUGGUGAAGAUUGUUCGCGAGAUGUACAACAUGAACGGCAUUCAGAAGAUCUGUGACAGCCUGAUCGAGCAUCCCUCGUGGACGAUGGCACACGUGAUUGCGUUCUUCAACCUGACCGAGUACGUGUCGCAUCCGAAAAUCAUAGAAUCUCUCGACGAUGCAGAUCACGCCGAUCUGAUGACUCCGAUGCAAGUCGCCAUUCAAGCGAACAAUUUCGAGUUCGUGAAAACGGUUUUGCCCAACUGUAACACCGAGCAUCUGGACAAGAACAGCAACUCUGUGUUUCACUACGCAGCCAACACCACCAAAAAGAUGAUCAACUUGCUGACCGCCAAAAGUACGACGAAUUUGAAUCACUGCAACGCGGACGGUUACACGCCGCUGCAUGUAGCAUGUUUGGGCGACAAACCGGACUGCGUGAAGGCACUGCUGCUGGCCGGAGCCGAUACCAACAAGAUGGCACCCUGUGCCAGUAAUGCCUUCAACCGGAAUACCACAUCCAGCAAUGUGGCGGACUUUUUGGUGGACAACCCCAACAAACUGUUCACGCAGGACAUGAAACACGGCGGUACUCCGCUGCACUGGAGCUCCAGCCGGGAAGUUCUCAACUCACUGAUCGAACGAGGCUGCGACGUCAAUCUGGUCAACUUCAACGGGCAAACGCCGCUGCAUGUCAUGGUUACCCGUGAGCGACUGGAAUGCGUGGUUGCACUCCUGGCCCAUGAAGCGGAAAUCGACGUGGUCGACAAUAACGGAAACACUCCCUUGCACAUUGCGGUGGAGAAGAAGUUUUUACCCAUCGUUCAGUGUCUGGUGGUGUUCGGAGCCGAUAUCAACAAAAUCAACAAAGAGGGCAAAAGCCCCCGGCAUAUGGUCGGCAAGGACGAUUCCGGUUCCAAGGAUGCACAAAUUCUGUACAUCUUGCACUCUAUCGGAGCCAAGCGAUGUCAGGAGAGUAACGGCAGCAAGUGUCCGCCCGGGUGUUCCACUAAAGGAACCUACAAUGGAAUACCCCCGGCACAGCCGGAAACUUCCGAGCCUCGGGACCACAUUGAACAAAUGCUGGCAAGUACCAGUAAAUGUCAGCGGAAUAGUAUUUCCGGUAUAUUGAGUAACACACUCCGGAACGUCCGAGAAGAACGAGAACGAGAGGCACGGGAAUGUGUCGAAAAGGUGGACGUUACCCAGGAGCGGAAAGGUGCAAGCAUGAUGGAUGCCUUGCUGUCAAUGUUCAUCAACAAGGCCGAAGCAGCUCCCAGCAAAUCGUCCCCAGGGUCGUCCUCGAAAACUUCGCCCACCACAUGGAGAAGUUUUAACGAUUUCGAUGACGAUCUUAUGUUGAACGAGCCUACCGUGCAUGAAACAACUGCACCCCCACCGGAAGGUCAACCAUUUUACGGACGAGGUCGACUGCUCUGUUUAGAUGGUGGUGGUAUCAGGGGUUUGGUUCUGGCUCAAAUGCUGCUCGAAAUAGAAAGACUUGCGCAAACACCGAUCGCACAUCUUUUCGAUUGGAUAGCUGGCACCAGCACUGGAGGUAUCCUAGCGCUAGCCCUAGGGUGCGGCAAAACCAUGAAACAAUGCAUGUGUUUGUACCUCCGCAUGAAGGAUCAGGCCUUCGUAGGCUCCCGCCCCUAUCCUAGCGACUUGCUGGAAACGGUUCUGAAGGAUACGCUCGGAGAAUUCACCGUUAUGACAGAUAUUGCACAUCCCAAGCUGAUGGUAACUGGCGUCAUGGCCGAUCGUAAGCCGGUGGAUUUGCACUUGUUCCGGAAUUACAAAUGUGCGAGCGAUAUUUUGGGCAUAGCAACACCCUCGAACAGCCGACGAAUGCCGCCUCCUCAGCCAGAAAACCAACUGGUAUGGCAGGCAGCCCGUGCCACCGGGGCGGCUCCUUCGUAUUUCCGAGCGUUUGGACGCUUUCUGGACGGUGGUCUGAUAGCUAACAACCCAACACUCGAUGCGAUGACCGAAAUACACGAAUACAACAUGGCACUGCGGAGCAUCGGCAGGAACGAGGAAGCUAUCCCGAUUUCGUGCGUAGUUUCGCUGGGAACUGGAAUGAUUCCCGUAACCGAGUUGAAAGAAAUUGACGUUUUUCGGCCGGAUAGUAUAUGGGAUACGGCUAAACUAGCCUACGGUAUCUCUGCGAUUGGAAACCUUCUGGUCGACCAGGCAACCGCAUCCGACGGGCGGGUGGUGGAUCGAGCCCGGGCCUGGUGCAGUAUGAUCGAGGUACCUUACUACCGGUUCAAUCCGCAGAUGUCCGACGACAUCGCGAUGGACGAAAAAAUAGACGAACCACUGAUCAACAUGCUGUGGGAGGUGAAAGCCUACAUGUAUGCCAACCGGAAAAAGGUGAUAGAAAUGAUCAACCAGCUGAAGUAGGGAAAGGUGACGUAGGUUAGCGACUCAUAAACAAUCAACAAACUAGAAUCAACAGGAAAUAACUCAGCCCUCACCGAGACAAUACAAGAACGAUUUACCCGCUGCUGGCACGUGUGGAUCAAACCAAAGAAAAGAGAAACUUUCCAGUGCGUGUGUCACAACCGAAUCGUUUCCUA